AUGUCGACGUUAAUGUGGUCGGCUGAGCAAAGCGCGGCGGCGGCGGCGGGCUCGCAUCUCCAGUCCGCAGCCGAAUGGCCUGAUCGUGUGCUUACUAAUCUCAUCCGGUACAUGAGUCCGCGGGACGUUGUGACCUUCGGUUCCACGUGCAAACGGAUCCGACAAGUGUCCCUGCGGGACGACCUGUGGCAGUCGCGUCUCGAGGCUAUGGAUCUGUGGGACGACGCAGAGGCCAAGCGCAAGAAAAACGAUGAGUUCCAUCAGCAUGAAGAACAGGAGCUGGACAAGGAGGAAGAAGAGGAUAUGACUGGAGCUGGACAGAAGAAGGAAGAAGAUACACUGGUGGAUCUGCUUGAUUUGAGUCCGACCAAGCCUGUCACGGCGACAUCUACGCCCUACAUGCCCCCGGCAGAUUUGUCCAACCAGCCAAAUCCAUUGACUCCCUUUGAUGGCCUUGAAAGCACAUACGGGAAGGCUCUGGAGACCUAUUCCUCGGUAUAUCGCAAUCUUGCACCCUUCUACUAUGACAUGGUUCAAUCUGGAGCGUUCCAGGAACCGCUGCUGUUCAAAUUGUACGAUCAACCGGAGCACCAGGCUAGAGCACUCGUCAACUUAAAACGACUGUCAUACUCUCUGGGAGACAACGAAUUUGAGGAUGAGAACCGAGAUCAGCUGGCAAGUAUUGCUGAGACGUUCGAGAAUGCUGCACUGCGAGAAUUCGAACUGGGAAUUGACGAGGGAGACUUUACACCUGACUCGAGAGUCAAGCGAUACGCCCAAGUGCUCAAACAACUAGGAGCUACAGAAUCGUGUGUCGAGCUGUUCGUUCACAAACGAGCCAUUGAUGUUCCACAUAGCCCUGCUAUCCUUGGAGAUAAGGGUAUUAACAUGACCGCUCUACAGAACCAUCUAGAUCUCGUGUCGAAAACUAUAGCCCAACAAAUGGAGGCUAUUGAUACCGUGUUUGGGCUAGAGAUUGACAAUGUCAGCUACCUGUUUGCGAAAAUCGUGCUGGAAGAUGCAGUCAUUGAUACCAUUAAUCACGUGCUUGAAGCUGCUCGUGAGCAGGAGACAGUCUACUACCUUGAUGCGGUCCCUGACAUUUAUGCCAAACUGCUGACUAUCACUGACACUCUACCUUCCUCCAUUAACGGGCACCAGGACAAGUACAAGGGUGCCUUGAAACGUCUGCUGAUUAGUCAGUAUGAGUUUCAUGUCGAUCAGUUCAUGCAACUGGAGCUUGACUCGUUUGAGACCUACGCCAAUGACCUGGUUGAUUCCUGGGACAAGGAGACUCAUGAUAAGGAAAUUGCCACGGAACAUUACUAUCUGAGUAAUGUGACCAAGGAGAAGGAUAAGCGGGACUUCUUAUCGUCUUUCAAGGACGUUCUAAUGAUGCCCAUCAAUGUUAUUGGUGUGGGAAGUUCCAAGGACGCCAGCAGGUCGGGGACACCGAACCCCAAUGCCAACGGUAGCUCCUCCAAGUCAGGCACUCCUAACCCUGGAGCAUCUCGCUCCGGCACUCCCAACCCCGACCAAUCAUCUGCUGAUGGUCAUCACGUGUCUUCUCCUCCUCCCGAGCUCGAGACAAACCUUCCCACCACAGAGUUGGACGCCAAGGCCGCUAUUAUGAACGACCGUUUGCAGGGCAUCAACUCGUUGUUUAACCUCGAGCUGGCUCUCAACAUCACCAAGGCUGGAAAGGCGUCUCUAGAGCGAAUCAAGCGAUUCCAUGCUGCCGGAGGACAGCUGGCCAAAGACUCCAAGGAGCAAUGUGAGCGCGUGUUCGUAUCUCUUAUCGAUAUUCUUGGUAAGCGGCAUAUCGGUGGUGGUUUCGACAAAGCUCUAGGACGUUUGGAUUCGUAUAAACCGCAUAAUCUCGGCUUUUUGGACGAAAAGAAGAGCAAGAAGGGCAAGAAGGAGGAAGUCAAGGAGGAAUCGUUGGAGGAGAAGAAGAAGAAGGAAAUGGAAAAGAAGGGAGGUCUCGAACCUCUCGUUGUCUUUGCUGAGUUGGUCAACAUUGGAGAUCUUAUUCAGCAGAUGAUCCACGUCUUCUUCGAAGAGGAGCUGGCACAAAAGAAGUUCAUCGAUCGAAAUGACUUUGUCUCUCCCUCGGUUCAGGCCAAAAAGAAGUUUGAGAAGCAGUUGGAUGAAUAUGUGGCUCGAGGUCUGAACCAGGGUAUUGAUGUUCUUUCCGACCAGAUGGACUUCCUGUUUGUCACCACUCAACUGGGCUCGGAUUUCAACCCCCUGCCUAACAUGGAGCCCAAUAUGGGACCCACGGAGUGCGCAAAGGGGCUGGUUGACCUGUUGUCUGUUCACAUGAAGAUUCUGUCUGGAAGUACUGAGAAAACUGUGCUGGAUGUGUUCCAACAGGAACUGGGUAUGCGGUUUUUUGCCAGCAUUUGCAAGCAUCUCAAGAGAAAGACAAUUUCUGUCGAUGGAGCCAUCACUGUCAUUUCUGACCUCAAUUACUACUAUUCGUUUGUGUUGGGACUGAAGCAAAGACCUCUCAACCAGCCGUUUGCCGCCCUGAAGGAGGUUGGCCAGAUGUAUCUGAUUGAUACCAAGGAUGCAAAGGCCCUGGGCAAACUGCUGUCGGACAUGAACCGGUUCAAGGGCGUGUUUCAACCUGAAGAGAUUUACGAGUUUGCCCACUCUAGAGCAGAUUGGGUGCUGGUGAAGAGAGAGGUGGAGAAGGCGAUGUAUGGACUGGGUGUGGAUUGUGUCAUCUCGUAG